AUUUAAAAAAAUUAAAAUACAAAUGAUAUCAAAAACGGAAAAACGGACCAAGUAACAAAAAAAAAAGUGUAAAAAAACUUAAAAAAGUGAAUUGUGCAAUAAAUUAAUAAGAAAAAGCCGUGAAAAGCGGUUAAUUUGCAUCGCAUAUGUAUUCAAUGGUCGAGAACUUUACGGAAAUGGGCCAGAUCGGGCAAGAUUACGGCCUGAAGCAAUAUCUAAUGGAGAAUGAGACUCUGGAUCACGUUACGAAAGUAAUUGCAUAUCAUCCGCGUUACUUGGAGCACUAUUUGCGCACACAAAAUUUCAUCCUCAACUGUGAUGGGCCUCUGUCGGAGCCCUAUCGUCAUUAUUUGGCGAUCAUGGCAGCUGCACGUCAUAAUUGCUCGUAUCUCGUAGCGUUGCAUGAAAAACGUUUCUUACAAGCGCGCGGCGAUCCAAAAUGGUUAAACGGAUUGGAAUUCGUGCCGGCGAAGUUACGAGCUAUUUACGAAAUCAACAAAAUUCUGUGUCAUCGUCCUUGGCUGCUAAAUAAGGAGCAUAUUGAGCGACUCACAAAGGGAUCUUUCAAUUGGUCUUUGUCGGAAGUUGUGCAUGCGAUUGUUUUGCUUGCGCAUUUUCACUCGCUCGCUUCGUUUGUUUUCUCAUGCGGUCUAACUCAGGAAUUGGAUACACAAACAACAUCUAGUCACACAAUUUACAACAAUCUUUGCAAUCAGCAGCAGCAAAACGAACAGAUUAAUGGCGGAAGUCCUCCCUCGAUGAUGUCGAUGCUAAAUGGCAUGAAUGGAGGCGACGGGCAAUUCGCCAAAGUCGAUGCCCUCAUGGAAAAAAUGAAAGUUUUGUCGCAAAAGACGGAUGAAUGUAGCGAAACGGAACUCAGUAAUCGCUUCAAAAAUGUCGAAAUGCAGGCAGCUGAACUCCCCAUACAAUCAACAACCACCGAAGCACCAAAAAUUUACACGCAGUAUGUCGACGAUCCGACGUUCAAGUAUCAGGAUUUCACGAGACGCGGCGCCGAAAAUGUCCCGACGACAUUUCGCGUGCAAGAUUACUCAUGGGACGAUCAUGGCUUGUCGUUGGUGAGUCAACUUUAUAACGAUGUCGGAUAUUUGUUGGAUGAUAAGUUUCGCACUGCAUACAAUCUCACCUAUUAUACAAUUGCAGGACGUCAAAAUGUCGAUACCUCAAAGUUUCGUCGUGCCAUAUGGAAUUACAUCCAAUGUAUCUACGGAAUUCGACAUGAUGACUACGACUAUGGAGAAGUGAAUCAAUUACUUGAUCGCCCAUUGAAGAUGUUCAUUAAAACGGCCUGUUGUUUCCCUGAACGCAUCACAAAGAAGGACUAUGAUAGCGUGCUCGUCGAGUUACAACACAGCGAAAAGGUCCACGUUAAUCUCCUAAUUCUCGAGGCACGCAAUCAGGUAGAGCUUCUGUACGCACUCAGAGAAAUAAUGCGCUACAUGACAUGAUUACUGCCAUCAAUAACAGAACUUUAUUAUUAUUAUUUCACGUAUCGGAUAAGUAAGAAUGAUGUCGAAAAAAGUGUUUGUUAUAGUUUAAGACGCAAAAUUAGCUGUAAGAAGUUGAAGACGUUCACACGAUGACGAAGAGUAAAAAUAUCUGCGAUUAAUAACAAUUUUUUAUAUUUUAUAAUUUAAUGUUUAAAAUUUAUGUUUUUUUUUAACUUUAAAUAUGUAUGUUGUUCUAUGAAAUUUUUUCGAAAAUCGAUCAAAAUUAGUAUUUUUUUACAAAUUUAAAUAAAUAAUAUUUUUUGGCCAGUCUUGCAAUCAAAAUAAAAAAAUAAUAAUAAAUCGGUUUCAUACCCUCAGAGCUUUCUGAUAAAUAAAUAAUAUCUAUAUAAUUAAUGUUUAUAAUUAUUAUGUUAAAAAUGAAUAUUUUCUGUACCUUAGCAAGGAAAAAAUUUUAUAUGAAGAAAAACAAACAAUAUGUGAUUUAUUUUGUGAUUUUAAUUGUGCCAAAAAAAAGUAAUGAUGA